AACCAAAACCAAAAACAAAAACAAAGGAGUUUCAAGUUCUAAGCAACCAAAGAAGAAAAACAACCAUGUCUUGCUCCGUUGCUGUUUCAAAUUCUACUAUGUUCUCUCUCUCCUCUUCUUGCCAUUUCUCUCUCUCCAAGAGAAAGAGGCCAGAUAAGCUUGAUAUACCUGUUGCUAAUCUCACCAUUGAGCUCCAGCCGGCUGCACCGUCUCCGACGACGGCGAAGGAUGUUGUUGAGGUGGAGGGAGAUGGAUUUUCUGUGUAUUGUAAGAAAGGAGGUAGAAAACAUAUGGAGGAUCGUUAUUCUGCUUCUGUUGAUCUUCAUGGUGAAUCAAAACAGGCUUUUUUUGGCAUAUUUGAUGGACAUGGAGGUACAAAAGCUUCGGAAUUCGCGGCACAGAACUUGGAAAAGAAUGUGUUAGAAGAAGUAAUCAGAAGAGAUGAGAGUGAUAUUGAGGAAGCAGUGAAACAUGGUUACCUCAAAACAGAUUCAGAUUUCUUAAAAGAAGAUCUUAAUGGUGGUUCUUGCUGUGUAACAGCAUUAAUUAGAAAUGGCAACCUUGUUAUGUCCAAUGCCGGUGAUUGUCGUGCUGUCAUCAGCCAUGGAGGUGCUGCUGAAGCCUUAACAUCAGAUCACAAACCUUCGAGGAAAGACGAAAAAGAACGGAUUGAGACUCAGGGAGGAUAUGUCGAUAUGUGCCGCGGUGUUUGGAGAAUCCAAGGAUCUCUUGCUGUUUCAAGGAGCAUUGGAGAUAGACACAUGAAACAAUAUGUGAUAGCAGAACCUGAGACCAAAGUACUCAGAAUUGAACCUCAUCAUGACUUGUUAAUCUUAGCUUCAGAUGGAUUAUGGGAAAAGGUUAGUAAUCAAGAAGCAGUAGAUAUAGCACAUCCUUAUUGUGCAGGGAGCAAUAGACAAGGAUCCUUCCCAGCUUGUAAGAAACUUGUAGAUUUAUCUGUAUCGCGAGGCUCUAUCGACGAUAUAAGUGUUAUGAUCAUCAAACUACAGAACUACGUUUGAAGUUUCAUUAAUACAAACACAGACGACUAACACGACACCAGUAUAAUUUAGUAAAAUGAAUGUAAUUACAUGUUCAGUGCCCGAUAUCAAUGUAUGUUGGACACCAGAGACGUCUUCAAUCUGAAGUGUAGAUGCUACAUAAAUUAGGAUGAUAGGAUGCCUUCAUUUCAUUCUUUAACAUUCUUCAUUACAAUUAGUCAGUAGAUAGGGAAUGUGAUAAUAGUUAACAGAAAGAAAGACGGUGCCCUAAAAUAGAGUACCUAGAUAUUAUUCUGUAAAAAUAGCAGAAAUUUGGUAAAAUUUUGUAACCUAUAGCUGAGGAGAGAAUAGGAUGUAUAAAGUAACUUUUUUGUAUAAUGAUCUUGAUUUAAUGAUAAACAUUUUUUUAGUACAAAGA